CAGGCCUCCCAUCCCCCAGGCAGCCGCCCCGAUAUAUUCUUUCUGGUCCUGGCCGGUGCACCGUUUAUGGAAAGAACUUGUUUCUGUGGAGGCCAAAGACGUCUUCCCGAAGCCACGACUCCCUGGGGCAGCGUCUGGUAGGGAGAGGUUGCUGGAGCCGUGCGCGGCGCAGACCUAGUGGUGUGUUGUGGGGUGCUGGGAUCUGGCCUCCCUUCUCUGCCCAGCUCCGGGCUGUGAGGACUGAAUUUCUCAGCUACAGAAUGUAUAGUUCUUUAAAAGGUUGUGAUGAAUAACCUGGAAUUAAAAGAAGACAAGAUGCUGAAAGUUCAGUUUGUGGGAGAUGAUGAUGUUCUUAAUCACAUUCUUGAUAGAGAAGGAGGAACUAAAUUAAAGAAGGAGCGAGUUCAGCUAUUGGUGAACACAAAAAAAAUAAUAAAGAAGUCAGAAUGUGAAUUGGAAGAAGAUGAGCAAGAAGUCUUAAAAGAUGAGAACUAUGUGGAAGUUUUGGGAACAAAUGUUCAAGAUUCCUUGAAAAAUGGCUCUGCUACAGAGGGUGGAAAUAAAGUUUAUUCUUUUCAGAAUAGAAAAAAACCAGAAAAGAUGUCUAAAUUAGCUUCAGAACUAGCAAACACACCAAGAAAAAAUGUCUCAUUGGAUGUGAAGAAUGGUCCUGAAAGUAUGAUAAACAUUCCUCAAAGUAGCAAAGGACAUUCUGAUUCAGAAAAAGUUCAGUUGAAGAACAACGACAAAAGUGAAUACAUAUCAACAACACCUCAUCGCCUAAGAAAAAGAUUAAUUGUUUCAAGGUCUCAUUCUGAGAGUGAAAGUGAAUAUUCUGCUUCCAACUCAGAGGAUGAGGAAGAGGUUGCCCAGGAAUCUGAAGAAGACAGUAAGACAUUCGUAGGCAGCCAAAAGAGUGAAGCACAGAAUAGAGUAGUUUCAGCUUCUGUUUGCAAAGAAACGGCUUCUAAGAAAAUGAAAAGAGAGAAAACAAGUGACUUAGUAGAAGAAUAUUUUGAAGCUCACAGUAGUUCAAAAGUUUUAACCUCUGAUAGAACACUGCAGAAGCUAAAGAGAGAUAAACUCGAUCAGCAAAGUUUGCGUCAGUUAUUGAGCAAGGUUCCUCCUUCCUUUCCUGCUGAACUUAAACAACUAAAUCAACAAUAUGAAAAUCUGUUUCAUAAGUGGAUGCUGCAGUUACAACUCGGAUUCAACAUUGUCCUUUAUGGUUUGGGUUCUAAGAGAGAUUUACUAGAAAGGUUUCGAACCACCAUGCUGCAAGAUUCUGUUCAUGUUGUCAUCAAUGGCUUCUUUCCUGGAAUCACUGUGAAAUCAGUCCUGAAUUCUAUUACAGAAGAAGUUCUUGACUAUGUGGGAACUUUCCGAAGUGUGUUGGAUCAGCUAGACUGGAUAAUAAACAGAUUUAAAGAAGAUUCUUCUUUAGAACUUUUCCUUCUCAUCCACAAUUUGGAUAGCCAAAUGUUGAGAGGAGACAAGAGCCAGCAAAUUAUUGGACAGCUCUCGUCUCUGCAUAAUGUAUACCUGAUAGCGUCUAUUGAUCAUCUCAAUGCUCCUCUCAUGUGGGAUCAUGCAAAGCAGAGUCUUUAUAACUGGCUCUGGUAUGAAGCUACUACAUACAGUCACUACACUGAAGAAACCUCCUAUGAGAACUCUCUUCUGGUUAAGCAGUCAGGAUCCUUGCCGCUUAGCUCUCUAACCCAUGUCUUACGAAGCCUCACCCCUAACGCAAGGGGGAUUUUCAGGCUGCUAAUAAAGUAUCAACUCGAUAACCAGGAUAACCCGUCUUACAUUGGACUAUCCUUUCAAGAUUUUUACCAGCAGUGUCGGGAAGCCUUCCUCGUUAAUAGUGAUCUGACACUGCGGGCUCAGUUAACUGAAUUUAGGGACCACAAGCUCAUACGAACAAAGAAGGGAACUGAUGGAGUUGAGUAUUUAAUAAUUCCUGUUAACAGUGGAACAUUGACAGACUUCUUAGAAAAGGAGGAAGAAGAAGUUUGAAGCCUUCCUUUGCUCUUGAACCUUCCCGGGAAGGGUUGCUAUACCCCAGUAGCCACUCCUCUGGUAGAAAGUAUACAUCCACUCUUAGAUUAUUUUUCCAGCAAACAUGAUGAAUAUUGAGAGGGGAGACAUCAUCCAUUAGAAUUUCUGACUAGCCUGGCUGCUCUAGCAUGCCUCACACUAUGCAGUGGUCCUCCAGUUGGAGAAAAUGUGCCUUUUACUCAUUACCUCUGGAUUCUUCUUGUGGGAAUGUACAGUGUGCUCAGGGACUAUUUGGGACUGGAUGUUUUUUGAAAAUUUUUUGUACUAAGGAUAAUAUUCGUGAUUCUUCAGAGGCUUUUUAUUAUUCUCCGGGCUGACUGAUUAUUUGCAAGUGUGCUGGUUCCAGAGUGUACAAGUUACAAAGAUACAGGUGUCGGGUCAGUCUGCUCUGUCUGCUGUACUGUGUCAGAACCACUGGCUGUAAUGCAAAGUGACAGGGCCUGGCUUUCUGCUUCUGAAAUGACUGCACAAAAGGUACAGACCGGGAAGAGGUAAAUGACCUGGCUUUCUCCUGUUGUAUUUAGGCUCCAUUCUUGGGCCAGUGGGAUAGUGAGAAAAGCACAAGGAGUUUAUGUGCAUACUCAAUCUAGAAAGCACAGUAACAGCAGGAUUAUGUUUAGGAAUAGUUCAUAUCUGUGCCAUGAUGUUCAUGAUCCAAGUGAGAAGCCAGGCUAAAGGGGAAAAAGCCUUUUGUUACAUUUUAUAGCUGUACUCAAACAACAGAAAAUGACAUUUCAUUAUUACCGUACAUCGACAUAUUUUUCUUUUCUUGAAUAAAAAGUGGUUAAGUAGCAUAUUGAUAUUGAGUGUAAAUUAAUCUUGAGGCCUCUGUCAUAGAAACCUCAACCUCAGUAUAAGAUAGUUCCAGUUUUAAACUCAUGAUUUCAAAUCUCCUAAAUAUUUACAUGAGCCUAUUAGAGAACAGAAGGCUAGGCUAGACCACCGUGUUGAAUUUGUAGUUUACAAAUAUCCCCUGAAAUUUUUCACUGUUGGAAAUAUUGUUAAAACAUCACUGAAAUAAAGUAUGUACUGCAUCAGCAUUUUUCAUUUAUCUCUUAUCUGCUAAAUCCCUUUCAUGAAAAUAUUUCCAAAAGUGCUUAAAUUUUAAAGUAAUUUCCUGUCAUAAAUAAUUUUGUUAAAUUAUCAAGAGUUCAGUCUUAAAUAUAAGUAAUCAAGAUAUAUAAAUUUGUACAUGAAUAGGAUUUUUUUGUUGUUGUUUUAAAUUAGUGCCAAAGGAUAGACCAUGAAAGCGAAUUCUUCUCUCAUUCUGUGAUCCCUAGUCAUUUGGGGGGAAAGUACUGGCAGUAGUUUGACUGAGGAGCUCUCUCUUCUUUUAAAAACAUAGAUAAUACGAUGAUAUUUGCUGGUUUGCACUUUGCUUUGUCCUUAACAUAUUAAUUUAAAAAGCUGUUACAGAGUAAAGUAUAUGUGUACGUAUAUAAAUAUAUGUAUAAAAUCUUAAAUGACCUAAUGUGUAAAAUUUUGCAUUUUUCCUUAAAUAUUUACUGGUUUAUUUUUGUAAUCUCUGUGUGUAAUCUAUUUGUGGGCAUCAGUAUAAGCAGACUUCACUGUUAAUAAAAAGUCAGUGUGCCUAGAGUAACUUUUAA